AUGUCAUAUCUCAACAAAGCUGUGCUUUACAAAGGGUGAGCAAUGCUAUCUUUGAUUAUAGCAAUUGUGAGACUCAUGCUCCAGUCCUUUUCUUUGGAUCUGACACUGUUUCUGAUUCUCUCUCUCUCUCUCUCUCUCUCUCUUUCUCUCCUCUCUUCUCUCUCUCUCUCUGCUCUCUCUCUCUCUCUCUCGCCUCUUCUCUCUCGCUCUCCUCUUCUCUCUCGCUCUCUCUCUCCUCUCUCUCGCUCUCUCUCCUCUCUCUCUCUCUCUCUCUCUCUCUCUCGCUCCAGUCUCUCCUCCGUCUUCCUCUCAGAUUCUCGUCCUCUCUCUCUCUCAUCCCCUCUCGUCUCGGUCUGUCAGAGCUCUGCUCCUCCCAGACCGUUUCCACUGCAGAUGGUUACUCGAUCCCCCCGUCUGGCCUGUCAGAGCUGCGCUGGCCGUCCUCCGCGGAGUGCUGGCAGGAUGGCAUGGCCUGUCUUGGGCCAAGUGCUGGUAGGAGGCUGGACUUGCUGGAACUACUGACCUUCCAGAGCCACCUGGAAUGUGGGCGGCCACCCGCUGUCACCUGCGUCUCCUCACUCAACCUCCACCCGGGCCACUGCGGCCCGCAAGAUCCCAAAGCCAGGACUUUCCUAUUCCAAACAACUUCCGGGUCCAGUGCCCAAGUCAUAUCCCACCACCGGCCGCGGUGCUGCUGUUUGGGGCCGACCCGGAGUGCGCGGCGGCUGUUCUGCGGAGCGCCCAGGACAUGGGGCUGACGCUGCCCACGGUGCACUGGGUGCUGGGCUACCCACUGAGCCCUGACGCCCUGCACUCCAUCGGCCUGCCCCUGGGUCUGCUGGCCUACGGUGAGGUGGAGCGCAAGCCGCUGGACUUCUACAUCCGCGACGCACUCCAGCUGGUAGGCCGGGCAGUGUCGGCGGCCACGGUGGUGCGUCCAGACCUCGCGCUCAUCCAGAACAUGGUCAACUGCUACGACAAACCCAACAAGCAUGAAGUGCCCUCCUCCGGACAGUACCUCGCCAGGUACGGCUGGUUUACUUUGAACCUUUAACUCACAGUCUCUGGAGGUUUAAAAGAAUAGCUUACACACAUACACACAGGUCCAACAUUAUUGGCACCGUUGAUAAAGAUGAGCAAAAAUCUUCACACCCCUUGACUUUUUCCACAUAUUGAUGUGUUACAGCCUGAAUUUAAAUGGACCACAUUUUUAGUUUGUGUUACCCCAUAAUGUCAAAGUGGAAUAAUGUAUUUUAUUUUUUUUACAAAUUGAUUACAAAUGAAAAGCUGAAAUGUCUUGAGUCAAUAAGUAUUCAACCCCUUUGUUAUGUCAAGCCUAAAUACUGCAUUCGGAAAGUAUUCAGACCCCUUGACUUUUUCCACAUUUUGUUACGUUACAGCCUUAUUCUAAUAUGGAUUAAAUUGUUUUUUUUUUUUCCCCACAUCAAUCUACACACAAUACCCCAUAAUGACAAAGCAAAACAGGUUUUCAGAAAAUGUUGGAAAUGUAUACAUAAGUAUUCAGACCUUUUACUCAGUCCUUUGUUGAAACACCUUUGGCAGUGAUUACAGCCUCGAGUCUUCUUGGGUAUGACGCUACAAGCUUGGCACACCUGUAUUUGGGGAGUUUCUCCCAUUCUUCUCUGCAGAUCCUCUCAAGCUCUGUCAGGUUGGAUGGGGAGCGUCGCUGCACAGCUAUUUUCAGGUCUCUCCAGAGAUGUUCGAUCGGGUUCAAGUCCGGGCUCUGGCUGGGCCAUUCAAGGACAUUCAGAGACUUGUCCUGAAGCCACUACUGCGUUGUCUUGGCUGUGUGCUUAGGGUCGUUGUCCUGUUGGAAGGUGAACCUUUGCCCCAGUCUGAGGUUCUGAGCGCUCUGAAGCAGGUUUUCAUCAAGGACCUCUCUGUACUUUGCUCCGUUCAUCUUUCCCUCAAUCCUGACUAUUCUCCCAGUCCCUGCCACUGAAACACAUCUCCACAGCAUGAUGCUGCCACCACCAUGCUUCACCGUAUGGAUGGUGCCAGGUUUCCUCCAGAUGUGACACUUGGUAUUCAGGCCAAAGAGUUCAAUCUUGGUUUCAUCAGACCAGAGAAUCUUGUUUCUCAUGGUCUGAGAGUCCUUUAGGUGCCUUUUGGCAAACUCCAAGUGGGCUGUCAUGUGUAUUUUAUUGAGGAGUGGCUUCCGUCUGGCCACACUACCAUAAAGACCUGAUUGGUGGAGUGCUGCAGAGAUAGUUGUCCUUCUGGAAGGUUCUCCCAUCUCCACAGAGGAACUCUGGAGCUGUCAGAGUGACCAUUGGGUUCUUGGUCACCUCCCUGACCAAGGCCCUUCUCCCCCGAUUGUUCAGGUUGGCCGGGCGGCCAGCUCUAGUAAGAGUCUUGGUGGUUCCAAACUUCUUCCAUUUAAGAAUGAUGGAGGCCACAGUGUUCUUGGGGACCUUCAAUGUUGUAGACAUGUUUUGUUACCCUUCCCCAGAUCUGUGCCUCGACACAAUCCUGUCUCGAAGCUCUACGGACAAUUCCUUCGACCUCAUGGCUUGGUUUUUACUCUGACAUGCACUGUCAACUGUGGGACCUUAUAUAGACAGGUGUGUGCCUUUCCAAAUCAUGUCCAAACAAUUGAAUUUACCACAGUUGGACUCCAAUCAAGUUGUAGAAACAUCUCAAGGAUGAUCAAUGGAAACAGGAUGCACCUGAGCUCAAUUUGAGUCUCAUAGCAAAGGGUCUGAAUACUAAGGUAUUUCUGUUUUUAAUUUUUAAUAAAUUUGCAAACAUUUCUUAAAACCUGUUUUUAUUGUUUUAUUUAUUUUAUUGUCAUUAUGGGGUAUUGUGUGUAGAUUGAUGAGGACACAUAUUUUUUAAUCCAUUUUAGAAUAAGGCUGUAACGUAACAAAAUGUGAAAAAAGUCAAGGGGUCUGAAUACUUUCCGAAUGCACUGUAAGUUCAGGAGUAAGAUUUUGCUUAACAAGUCACAUACAAAACUUGCCUGGAAUCACUCUGUGUGCAAUAAUAGUGUUUAACAUGAUUUUUGAAUGACUACCUCAUCUCUGUACCCUACACAUACAAUUGUCUGUAAGGUCCCUCAGUCGAGCAGUGAAUUUCAAACACAGAUUCAACCACAAACACCAGAGAGGUUUUCCAAUGUCUCGCAAAGAAGGGCACCUAUUGGUACUGUAGAUGGGUAAAAAAAAAGCAGACUUUGAAUAUCCCUUUGAGCAUGGUGAAGUUAUUAAUUACACUUUAGAUUGUGGAUAAAUACACCCAGUCACUACAAAGAUACAGCCGUCCUUCCUAACUUAGUUGCCGGAGAAGAACGAAACCGCUCAGGGAUUUCACCAUGAGGCCAAUAGUGACUUUAAAACAGCUACAGAGUUUAAUGGCUGUGAUUGGAGAAAAUGAAUUGAAUGAAAGUAAAACUGCUAAAAAUGUGGCAAAGAAAUUAACUUUUUGUCCUUAAUACAAAGUGUUACGUUUGGGGCAAAUCCAAUACAACACAUUACUAAGUACCACUCUACGUAUUUUCAAGCAUGGUGGUGGCUGCGUCAUGUCAUGGGUAUGCUUGUCUUCAGCAAGGACUAAGGAGUUUUUUAGGAUAAAAAGAAACGGAAUGCCUCCCGAGUGGCGCAGCGGUGUAAGGCACUGCAUCGCAGUGCUAGAGGCGUCACUACAGAUCCAGGUUCGAUCCCGGGCUGUAUCGCACCCGGCCGUGACCAGGAGACCCAUGAGGCGGCGCACAAUUGGCCCAGCGUCGACCGGGAUAGGGGAGGGUUUGGCCGGCUGGGAUGUCCUUGUCCCAUUGCGCUCUAGUGACUCCUUGUGGCAGCCGGGCGCAUGCACGCUGACUUCGGUCGCCAGCUCUACAGUGUUUCCUCCGACACAUUCGUGCGGCUGGCUUCCUGGUUAAGCGAGCAGUGUGUCAAGAAGCAGUGCGGCUUGGCGGGGUCGUGUUUCGGAGGACGCAUGGCUCUCGACCUUCACCUCUCCUCAGUCCGUAAGGGAGUUGCAGCGAUGGAUAACACUUAUGGAAUGCUUGUAAUUAUACUUCAGUAUACCAUAGUAACAUCUGACAAAAAUAUCUAAAAACACUGAAGCAGCAAACUUUGUGAAGACCAAUACUCGUGUCAUUCUCAAAACAUUUGACCACGACUGUACACUGGAGUUGCUUACCAAGACGACAGUGAAUGUGGCUGAGUUGCAGUUUUGACUUAAAUCUGCAUGAAAAUCUAUGGCAAGACCUGAAAAUGGAUGUCUAGCAAUGAUCAACAACCAACUUGACAGAGCUUGAAGAAUUUGGAAAAUAAUCAUGUGUAAAUAUUGCACAAUCCAGGUGUGGAAAGCUCUUAGAGACUUACCCAGAAAGACUCACAGCUUGUCACGACUUCCUCCGAAGCUGCCUCCUCUCCUUGUUCGGGCAGGCUUUGGCGUUCAUCGUCACCGGCCUUCUAGCCACUGCCGCUCCUCAUCUCAUCAUUCCAUUUGUUUUGUCUUGUUUAUUGUGGAGGAUAGAGAAGCUCGGUGGAGCUCCUUGUAUUUGUAUCGGCAGGACGUUUCCCCAUGUACCUUUUUGUUUCCAGUGCGCCUGUUUUGCGCACUGGAGUGUUUUGACGCAUUACUGCGUAACUCUGUAUUUCUGAAUAAAUCCUGUUAUUCUGUAAUUUACCCUCCUGCGCCUGACUCCUUCGAAAUCACUCAUCACACAGUUGUAAUUGCUGCCAAAGGUGAUUCUAACAUGUAUUGACUCAGGGGGUUGAAUACUUAUCUAAUAAGAUAUAUUAAUGUUUUAUUUUUCAUGAAUAUUUUACAAAUGUUUGUAUUUUAUGUAGAUUGUUGACAAAAAAAUAGAAUUAAAUCCAUCUGAAUCCCACUUUGUAACUCAACAUAAUGUGGAAAAAGGUCAAGGGUUGUGAAUAUUUUCUGAAGGCAUACACACACUACAUGGCCAAACGUAUGUGGAAAUCCCUUUAAAUUAGUGGAUUCUAUUUCUGCCACACCUGUUGCUGACAGGUGUAUAAAAUCGAGCACACAGCCAUGCAAUCUCCAUAGCCCAACAUUGGCAGUAGAAUGGCCCGUACUGAAGAGCUCAGUGAUUCAACGUGACACCGUCAUAGGAUGCCACCUUUCCAACAAGUCAGUUUGUCAAAUUUCUGCCAUGCUAGAGAUGCCCCGGUCAACUGUAAGUGCUGUUAAAUUAGGAACACCUUCCUAAUAUUGAGUUGACUCCAACGCUUCCCACAGUUGUGUCAAGUUGGUUGGAUGUCCUUUGGGUGGUGGACCAUUCUUGAUACACACAGGAAACUGUUGAGCUUGAAAAACCCAGCAUCGUUGCAGUUCUUGACACAAACCGGUGCGCCUGGCACCUACUACCAUACCCCGUUCAAAGGCACUUAAAUAUUUUGUCUUUCCCAUUCACCCUCUGAAUGGCACACAUACACAAUACAUGUCUUAAUUAUCUGUAGUCUUAAAAAUCCUUCUUUAACCUGACUCCUCCCCUUCAUCUACACUAAUUGAAGUGGAUUUAACAAGUGACAUCAAUAAGGGAUCAUAGCUUUCAACUGGAUUCACCUGGUCAGUCUAUGUAAUAAAAAGAGCAAGUGUUCUUAAUGUUUUGUAUAAUCAGUGUACAGAAAUGAAUACAUACACACACACACACACACACACACACACAUACAUACUGUUGUAUUGUAUUCUGUUGCAUCUCCUUUUAGCCAAGUUGUGUUUGAAUAGUGUUUUCAGGUCCAUGUUAUUAUAAUGGUCUUGUUCGGUAAGUGCUAUAGACAGUUAAGUAGUGGUUCUCUCCCAGUGUCAGUGUUCACAGGAGACUGCAAAUAGGCCUAUCUCUUGCUGAGGUCAGACUAUUCGUCACCCCUAACCACAGAGCAGCUCUCCUAAACACAAUGAUAGAUGAAGCCCCCGGUGUUUGGAGAGAGAUUGGAGUGUGUUUAUACACACAUAUACGUACACAGACUCUCUCUCUCUCUCUCUCUCUCUCUCUCUCUCUCUCUCUCUCUCUCUCUCUCUCGCUCUCGCUCUCGCUCUCUCUCUCGCUCUCUCUCGCUCUCUCUCGCUCUCUCUCGCUCUCUCUCUCUCGCUCUCUCUCUCUCUCUCUCUCUCUCUCUCUCGCUCUCGCUCUCUCUCACACACACACACACACAUACACAGACAAAUACAAUACACACACACACACACGCGCACACACACACACAUACACUCUCUCUCUCUUUCACAUACACAGGCACAUGCACACGUAUGCACCCAGCUGGAAUACAAACAUGAAGUGGAGGAGGGUAGAGUUUUAAGCUUUAUUCAUGAGUUCCAGUCAGUUGCCUCCCCAACAGGGCAGCCAGGCUCCCUUAUCAAAAGAGCCCACAGUCCUUUCUGUCUCUCCGUGGCUCAGAGCAGUGCAGAGCGACAGCAGCACACAGCUUUACAACCGCUGUAUCUGCCACGGACCAGAGUAACAACAGCUGCGCAACCUAGCCAUGCAGCCAGCGUCUCAGCACAAAAACACAAUAGAAUGAGCUAUAAUUGGGCCAAUUGUAACCAGGCUCAGCUAUAUCAUGUUGUUAAAAACGAUACAGCAGAAAUGAUGCAAGGCAAUAGCUUGUGGGUCUGGAAUGCUAGCGCACCAGGUCACUGGCAUGUUGUAUUUAUUAAUUGGCCGAAAGUGGCAAGUCAUUUUGAGCGGUAUGCAGUAAGCACUUUGUUUCAGGAGUAGUGUUUGUUGCCUGGGCCUUCAACGCAGAGGAUAAUUAUUACAAAUGUUUUGGAAAGCACCCCUUUAUAACUAUAAUAUAACUAUAUUCAGUUCUACCAAGUCAUUUAGGAGGGCCAUCUAACUAAUGGGAUUGACUGGGUGCCUAGUGCUGAGUAAAGAUCAACGGCGUUUUGCUCAAGAACAACUCCAUGAUAAAGUGUCAUAAUCAUAAUGUCACCUAUACACAUAAUCACAGCUACAUAACAGAGCAACUAUUAGAGAGAGAAGAGGGCUUUAGGGGAGGAAGGAAUGGAUCAUGAGAGAAAUGCACCUCUUUAAGGAAUACCUGGGAGAGGAUAAAGUAAUCCUACCCCCCCUUACCCCCCCCCCAAAAAAAAAAAAACUAUUGUAAAGUGGUUGUCCCACUGGCUAUCAUAAGGUGAAUGCACCAAUUUGUAAGUCUCUCUGGAUAAGAGCGUCUGCUAAAUGACAAAAAUGUAAAUGUAAAUGCAUGAGGGAUGAUGAGAGUGGUAGAUAGAAACCCAAAGAGAUAGGUUGAGGUGGGGGAGGGGGGUGCUUUUAAGUAAUUGCAACCUGUGCCUACUGUUAAAGAGGAACAACAUAGCCUUUCAAUGUAAUGAUGUAAUAGCAUCCAGCUCCUUUUACCUUGUGUGGGGUUGAGGAGAAAGAGGGGAGGUGGGGGGCUAUAGGCUAAGACAGGGAGAAAUUAAUGACCUAAAGGUUUGGAGCCAAAUUACCUUUUUCUUUUAGAUGAAAGGAGUUCAGCGGCGGUCACGUGGCGUCAUCUCAGUUAUUGAUGGCCGCACACAUUCAUCCUGACUCAACAUGACUGUCACAGCAACCCUCAGCCAAUGGGAUUGGCUGGAUCUGCAUUUCCUGAAGUGACCCCUUCGCUAAGCUAACCGCUAGCGCUAAGCUAAACCCCCAUGCCGUAAUUCAUUGAAGGACUAACCGCUAGGGGCUAGCAUUUCACCAUGGAUCCGAGGCAGAAAUGUAUCAACUGGGGCAGGUUUUCACAUGGAAAUAAACUACUCACUCUCUCGACUAAGCAGAGCCUGGAGUUUACAGUCUGUGAGGAGGCCAAAAAGGUGUCAGCCAGAAAGAUAGCCAAUCCUAGCCACGGGGAAAUGACUAGCUGUCAGUCAGGGUGGUGAUGGUAAACACUGUUGGCCUUGCUGCAGGUGCAGGAUGGAUUAGUUUAGCUUCAGUAGAUGCCAAUCCUGGUUUUGACAUGUUGUGCUACAGUAGCUAAGGUGCCUGUCUGGACUGUGCUGCAGGUCAGCUGUGGAGAGAAGAGGUGUAGGUGGUUACAGUCAGAUCACAGUUUGCAGUUCACUGUGCAUUUCCUGAAGUGAGUUUGAUACUGUACAGUCUAACUCACUAUCCCUGUGGCCAGAAGUUAAUUGAGUCCAUGUGCCCCUCCCCCCUCCACCACACCAUAUAAAUAAUCUAUGGGAAAUGCAAUAUCUUGGGACUCUCACAAAUGCAUGCACUAAAUAGCUUGAAGGGUAGUGAAGUCCUGUAAUCUAAUCUGAUCUCCUCUGGCCUAUAGGUUCCUGUCCAACACGUCGUUCUCAGGGCUGACAGGGCCGGUGUCGGUACAGAGGAACCUAUCCCGAGUUCUCACCUCUCAACGCUUCCACAUCUGGAGCCUGCAGCGGGACGCGGUGGGCCAGCCCACCUGGGUGACUGUGGGCAGCUGGGAGGGGGGCCGCCUGGAGGUGGAGGACCAGGGCCUGUGGCAAGGGCACAAUGGCAGGGGCCACGGCCGGGGGGAAGGCCAGAGGGGGCGGGGCGGGGGCCGGUGGCGGGCCGGCAUUCCUGUUGCAGGCAGCCGGGUGCGGGUAGUCACCCUGGUGGAGCACCCCUUCGUAUUCACGCGGGAGGUGGAUGAGGACGGGAACUGCCCGGCAGGACAGUACUGCCUGGACGCGGGGACAAACAGCUCGGACAUGCUGGAGCGCUACUUCAGUGAGCGCGCCUCGGGCAACUCUACCUUCCUGCCCACGGACUACGGCAAGUGUUGUUACGGAUACUGCAUCGACCUGCUGGAGAAACUGUCAGAGGACAUGCGCUUCGAGUACGACCUGUACAUCGUGGGUGACGGGAAGUACGGGGCGUCGAAGAGCGGCCGCUGGACUGGGCUGGUGGGUGACCUGCUCAAUGGCGUGGCCGACAUGGCCGUCACCUCGUUCAGCAUUAACUCAGUACGCAGCCGUGUCAUCGACUUCACCUCGCCCUUCUUCUCCACCUCGCUGGGCAUCCUGGUGCGCAGCAAGGACACAGCGGCGCCGAUCGGCGCCUUCAUGUGGCCCUUGCACUGGUCUAUGUGGGUGGGCAUCUUCGUUGCGUUGCAUAUUACCGCCCUCUUUCUCACCCUCUAUGAGUGGAAGAGCCCGUUUGGCAUGACGCCACAUGGACGCAACCGCCUGCGCGUCUUCUCCUACUCGUCUGCGCUCAACCUGUGCUACGCCAUCCUGUUCGGCCGCACGGUCUCCAGCAAGACACCCAAGUGCUGGACGGGUCGGUUUCUGAUGAACCUGUGGGCCAUCUUCUGCCUGCUGGUGCUGUCCAGCUAUACAGCCAACCUGGCCGCAGUCAUGGUCGGCGAAAAGACCUUCGAGGAGCUCUCGGGGAUCCACGACGCCAAGGUGAGUAUUUGUUUUCAUUAUUAACUCUUCUCUCCCGUCACAAUCUCUUUCUUUCUCUCUUUUUCCCUCACCCUCUAUCUCUCUAAUCUUUCCUCUCUCUCUCCCUUCCUCCUCUGCCUCCCUCCCUUCCACCCCAGCUCCACCACCCAUCCCAUGGUUUCAGGUUUGGCACGGUGAGGGAGAGCAGCGCUGAGGAGUACAUGAAGAAGAGUUUCCCAGAGAUGCACGAGUACAUGAGGCGCUACAAUGAGCCCACCACACCCGAUGGAGUGUCCACCCUCAAGUAA